AAACACAACAAAUACAAAAUGGAUUACGCAAAUAUGGUGUCAGAGUCGGCAGGACUGAACGGUAAACUGCAGUCCUCGCUGGAACCGCUAUCCCGCACCUACCAGUACCGGAAGGUGAUGAAGCCAAUGUUGGAGCGAAAGCGCCGUGCCCGCAUCAACCGUUGUCUGGAUGAGCUGAAGGAGCUGAUGGUGUCCGCCCUACAGUCCGAGGGUGAAAAUGUGGCCAAGCUGGAGAAGGCCGACAUUCUGGAGCUGACCGUUCGUCACCUGCACAAACUGCGCCGUCAGCAGCGUCUUGCCGCGAAUCCCGUCCUCGAUGCGGACCGUUUCCGGGCCGGAUUCACACACGCCGCCAACGAAGUGUCCCGCUGUCUCGCCUCGACGCCCGGCGUUGACAUUAAGCUUGGCACUAAGCUGAUGACACACCUCGGCCAUCGGCUGAACGAUCUCGACAAGGUGUCCCCACUAUCCGUGCAUGUGGAGUCGGCCGGUUCCAACACUGCCGGUUCCCGCAGUCCAUCCGCCUCACCCCCGAUCUCACCGUUCUCGGCCGCCUCCUCCACAUCCGGUGAUGUGCCCAUGUACCAGAUGCCGCUCACCCCACAGUCCUACCGCAGCGAAGAGUCCGGACUGCUUGCACCGUCCACCACACCGUCGCCGAACCCGAGCGAAUGCGAUGACCAUCACCAUACCGGUGGUCUGCUAAAGAUCCAACAGUCGGCCGUUGAGUCCGUGUGGCGGCCGUGGUAAAACGACA